AUGAAAAUUCAGCAGAUUGCCAAUGAACUUUUAGCCCUGGAGUAUCAAGACUUUGACGGUCUGAAUGAAAAGAAUUGUCCCAAGUUCAACAGUUUGCUGAUCCAAAAAUCUCUGACUAUUUUGGGCCAAUUGCUGUCUUUUUUGACGGUGAACUACGGAAUGCCUGGUAAUGAGAAUUCCCCAACUGUGGUACUCAUUACCCUUGUGAUGAUCCUGUCCCUCAACAUCAGCAUAAUGCACUUCCAUGUUGGGGUUCUGCUGAUCUAUCGAUAUCUCUGGCUGAUCAACGGACAACUCUUGGAGCUGGCCAGCCAACUGAAAGAGGAUCCCACGAUUACCAUACUUCUACUGUCUUGCUUUUCUGGCAAUGUUGUGCUCAUAUAUUUCUGGGUUGUGUUCGGAGUUACCUUGCGGACAAAUUUGCUCUCUUUGGUGGCUUUUCCGCAGGCUUUUCUGAUCAGUGUUUGGGAUUUUUGGUUGAGCAUUGUCCUAUGUGAUCUUACCGAGACAACCGGCAAUAAAACCUCGACAAUUUUAAAGCAAUUUACCGAUCUCGACCUUAAAGAUGUGGAAUUAGAGAGAAGUCUGAAUGAAUUCGCAAUGUUGUGCAGCCACCAAAAAUUCCAUUUUCAGUUCAUUGGAAUGUAUUCGUUCAACUACAAUGCGGGACACGAAAUGGUUAUAUCAAGUAUUUCCUACUUUAUUUGCUUGAUACAGUUUGAUUAUAUGAACUUGUAA